AUGUAUGAAUCGGACGACACGUUUGGAUCAAAUGCUAUUAGUGCUUUGAAAAGCCUUUACAAGAAAUGUAUGGAUGAGGAUGAACUGAAUCGUAUCGGUGCUAGGCGAAUGAUAGAAAACGUCAAAGUAGGUCGCGUAGCUUCCUUUGCAAAACGUUUUCACAUGGAGUGCUCUAGAGUUUCGGUGUUUGGCCGAUUUUACAAGGAGACGAUAACUGGAAAGAGGAAAAUUACAAUCUUACCUCGCUGCUAA